AUGUCGUUCUUUAAUCGUCUGGGUAAUUUGUUCGGCCUAUCAAAGUCCGCUUCUACGCUGCCUCCUGGAGCAGUACUGGCGGCAACGGUCACCAAGCCUGCUUCACUAGGCUUCGUUCCGGUCGCCAUCCAUUUUGACCUCUUUGGCAUAUUGGUGCGCCAUGGAGGACCAGCCAGCGCAGAAGAAGCAGCCAAAGCUUCCAACGCAGCCCGAUCUAAGAAUGAACCAGAAAUUUGCACCCAACUUGCCUCCGACACGCUCUACAUCAUGUCUGGUCUGGGACUAGUGGACCGCGUGGACGAAGACCGUUUCAAUGCCAAUGCUGUUACCCGACACAUGGUUGACAUGCCAUCCGCACAGCAUGGCGCAUUGCAUUUUACAACGGAAGGAAUGAUGGCUGGGGCAUUCCUGAUGAAAAAGCUUCAGGACACGAACUUUGCCUACCCAUUCCAAGAGGCGGAGGGUCCAAUGCAGUACGCAUAUCAGCUGAUGGGCCAGGAGGCACUCUCCCAGUCCCACACUUACACCAUUAUGGAAGCCCAAGGACGAAUGGACAGUUUUAAUGAGUUCAUGGUCGGCAAGUUCCUCAAAUUCGGCACCUUUCCGGAGCGUGUGGAAUCCCUCGGAUAUGACUUGCGGGCGGCCCUCAGCGCUCCCGGGUCAGUCGCGAUGGUGGACAUCGGUGGAGGACGAGGAGAACUGCUCCUGGAAGUCCAAGCGGCGUUUCCGCAUUUAACCGCGGAGAACCUGGUGGUGCAGGAAUUCAAUGCGGAGAUCGACGAGGUCCCGGGGGUGAGCUUGAUGGCGUGGAAUUACAAGACAAGUCCUGCGCAGCCAAUCACCGGCGCCCGGAUCUACUCCUUUCAGCACAUUCUCCAUAAUCUGCCAGACUUGGCGGCAGUGGCGCUCCUGCAGAAGCUGUCCCAGGCCAUGGCGCCCACGUCGCGACUGUUGAUUAUUGAGUAUGCGAAGAACAUGACCUAUACGCAUCUCCAUGCCAGUAUGAUUGCGCUCUUUGGUGGACGGGAGCGCAGUGCGUCGGAAUGGCGGCAAUUGGCCCAAGUGUCGGGGUUGCAAGUGACGUUCGAGGCCUAUGUAGCCGGUGGUGAAUCUUUAGUGGAGAUGCGGAAGGCGUAG